UGGCACAGUAAUCUUAAUCAUAUCCUCCUAGAGAUUACCACCUUGUGUCCUAAAGCGCAACAUUAUAGAGACAGAGUCAAGUCUCCAAGAAUAAACAACAAAUUCAGAAACCAAAAAAAAAAAUAAACACCCUGUGUGUCUCUCCAAAUGCGGUCUAGAAAAUAUUAUAAAAACCUUGUGAACAUCAGUCUAAUUAACCUUUCCUUAAGAUUAUUAACUAUUCUUGCCAGUAAAUACCAACACGCCUUUUGUUGACCUAUGAGAAAGAAUUAUAACAACCUUAUGACCAGCAUCCACACAAUGAAAAUCAUCCUUUAAAAAUGUUAUUUGUUAAGGUAGAGAGAUCAGACUUUGUCACAGCACAAUGAAAUGGUCUAAGCUGGUCAAGAAGAUUCUAAUGCAACGUUGGUUGAUGCAUGUAUGUAUAUGAGGGAAGUUAGUUCAGAGGCAUCUUAAACUAAAUUUGUCUCCUAUGAUAGGCCUUUUAAUUUGUAUCAAAUGCUGAUAUCUACAACUUUUCUUUUGCUAAUCCAGCUCAUGGGAAGAGGACACUUACUCUUUGUUCGUGUCCCAUAUGGUAUUAGACACACAAUAAGGAGACACAAAGUGAAAGUUGGAUGAACGUCUAGGAAGCUAGAGAAAGAAUGUCAUUUGUAAGUUUCAACUUGUUAGCUAUCUCAAAACUAACUAUCACUUUCAUUAUCCUCAACAAACUCGCACGUCACUUGGUUCAAUCUCUACAGCUUCCUUUAUCGUUUAUCCCCAAAGUUGUAUCCACAUUUUCACCAAUUUUAAUCCCACAAAUUGCUUAUGCAGCAGAAGCCCUGGAAUAAAAACCACAAAAAGAGUUACAGAUGGAAUGCAAAUUCUCGGAUAAAAGGUAUAAUUGAUACCGGAGUCUCUAGUUCGGGAGAUUUUUCUAUCAAAUUGGAUAGCAAUUUCCAAUAUUCGUCCUUAUCAAUUUUCAAAAUGUCGAGUAUUCAGGUUCUAUAAGAAAGCAAAUUUAACAUGAGUCUACGUCAACAAUCAAAGCAUGCAAACAUUGCAAGUUUGCAACACAUAUAUAGCAUCAAACAAGAUAAAGCAAAAAAGGAAAGAGUUUUUUUUUUGGAAACUAAAAGAGGAAAGAGAGAAGAGAGGUAGAGGCUCAGGAGAUUGCAUAUCUUACCUUAUGAUUUCUCAUAAGUUUUCUCUUCAUUAUCGAACACCUCUAUAGGCGUCUGUCUGAAAGCAAGAUCGAGAGGUGCUUCUAGAAGGUGACUCCAUAUUUCCUUUUUUCAAUAUAUAUAAUACUAGGGUUUCUUUUUCCUUUCUUGCUAGUCUCUACGUAACUCGACUCUCUAGAGGGUUUAUAAAUAUUAACUAACAUACACAAAGAACGAAAACCAUCAACAUUAAUCAGAGCGACUCGAUCACGAAAACAUGCGACGUUACAGAAAGAAACCAAAGAUCGAUCAGCCCAAACCCGAUACGAAAUUCAUCAAGUCUCUAGGAAAGGGUACGUACGGCUCCGUAGAUCUCUUCAGCUACACAAAAGACGACGGCACAACGUUCCACAACGCCGUCAAGACCUCCGACUCCGAAGAUUACAGCUCUAUCGAGAGAGAGUUUCGUGUCCUCACCGAACUCAGAGGAUGCCAAGGAGUCGUGCAAUCUUUUGGUAACUCUCUGAUUCAAGAAACCGAUUCCAACGGAAAGAAAGUCUACAAGAUGGCCAUAGAGUACGCAGCUGGUGGUAACUUAACCGAGUUCCUCCGCGUAAACCGAAGAUUAUCGGAUCCGGUUAUCAAAGACUUCACUCGGAUGAUUCUACAAGGAUUGGUUUCGGUUCACGAUCACGGUUACGUCCAUUGCGAUCUUAAACCGGCGAAUCUCCUUCUCUUCCCACGUUACGAUCAAGAAACAUGGUAUUGUUCGUACGAGUUAAAGAUUUCGGAUUUUGGGUUGACGGUUAAGGCAGGAGAUGAGUCUGUCUGUUGGGAAGCUAGUUCUCCUUUUGUCGGAACGCCUCUAUACAUGUCUCCAGAGUCGGUCCGAGACGGUACCACCGUUGAGAAAACCCUAGAUUUGUGGUCGUUGGGUUGCGUGGUUUUGGAGAUGUAUAACGGUAAGCAUCCAUGGUUAGGGGUUUGUGUUGAUGAUAUAAAGUCUCGUUUAUUGGGUGGAAUCGCACCGGAGAUUCCAGAGAGUGUUCCUUGUGACGCACGGUUGUUUAUGGAGAAGUGUUUCGCAAGGGAACAUGGAGAGAGAGGAAGCGCUUCGGAGUUGUUGUUGCAUCCGUUUUUGAACGGGGAGAGGAAGGUGGAUGAUGACGCCGCCGGUGGAGUGAGGAGGAGGGUAGGGUUGAGAAUCAGAAAACCUCCGUCGAGGUUUGAAGAUAUUACAACACAUGGGCCGAAACAAAAGGCCCGUUCAAGAAAUGGCCCAUUAUAAAGCUUAUGGUAAAAUCACCAUAGGAAUCACCUUUGUUUUGGUUGACAUUAUAAGCUUACCAGUAACCAGUGUAUAUCUUAUAUCAAUAAAAAUUGACAUGAACUUGUGUAUACCAGACUCAUUUUCCACGCACGAGGCUUGUAAUAUUAAAAAAAUAUUAUAAAAGUUUAUGUUUCCUUUCUUGAAUUUUGUUUGUUUUAAAAAGAAAGAAAAUGGACAAGGGGCCGGAGACAUAACAUAAUGUAGAGAAGUUCCCCACAUACAUCGUUAAACCAUCAUCUGAAAAGAUGCUUUCACUAUAUUGUAAUUGUUACAUAUAUAGAAUAUUCAUAAAUGGUGGUCCAUAUAAAAGAAACAAGACCCAUAUCAGUUUCAGACAAUAAUGAUAAUCACUAACCCACCAAAGCUUAGACCUUCCAAAAGCUAAAAUAAUCGCAUUUGUAUGUAAUUAUAUUUUUAUUGACAUUUCGCAUAUGUACACAAGUUUAGAGAGCUUAUUGUCUUCAUAUGUUGCUGUCAUUGCCUAUGUAUAGCUUACUCAUUCAAUCAUUUUUCUUUCCUAACGCCUAUUUUCAACUCUCUUUUAUAUUAUUUGUAUCCCAUUCUGUGACACGUUGAAAAAUUAACGUCAAUCUGAUCUCAAUCAAUUUUAUAGCUGUUGACAAAAAAUAUUGUUAAACAAUGGCGGGUGGAACAUCAAACGUUGUCCCAGAGGUUAUAGCUAAUAACAGAAAUAAGACAAGGUUAUUACGUUUUUUCAUGCUGAAUUUCAAGAUUUGGGUCGGUUGAUGCUGAUUUGUAGAGUAUUAUGGUUAAUUAUGAACUCAUUCGUAUGUUCAGAUACAUUAUAUUUAUUAGUAAAAAAGAACAAUUCUCCCACAAAAAUGAAUCCUCUUCGUAAUGUGUAAUGAAGAUCAUACCGUGAGGUAUUUGAUUGACCAUGGCGUUAUUGUAUAUAAGAAAUAAAAAUGAGUUUGGUGAAUUCGAUGAAAUGAUGGAGAGUUAGUAUAGAUUGUUUAACACUGAAAGAGACCAGUGAGCUCUUCAUGUUGUUUUCAACUCCACUUGCAUUUGUUCUGUAGCUAUUAAUUUUGGGCUUCCUCUCAUUCUUUAGUUCUGUUUUCUUCUACUUAAAAUAAAAUAUCUUCCAUCAUGUAUUUCCUAUAUUACUUUGAAGUUUGGUCCUUAUAUAUAGCUGAACAUUGUGAGGUCACAUACAAGGAAAAGGACAAGAUAUGCUUGUCCCUCAAAAUCUAGUCUUUUUUUUCAUCUUCCAUAUAUUUAUUAUCUUUAAUUAUUGCUGGCCAAACAAUUCACCAAUUUUUUUUUUGAAACUUACCAAUUUUUUUUUUGAGAAAAAAAAUAAUAAGGAGAGAAUUUGCAUACAUAUAUGUAUGUAAGAGUGGAGGAGUUGAAUCCAAGAUAUGGAUGUGAAGGCAAGAAAGUGAGAGAUAUGGUCCCCUCAACAAAAGCCAUUAAAUCUCUGAGCAUAUGACUGUGACUUUAAUGGCAAAGCAAAGAGGUUUGCAUUUGCAUGAUUCAAUGAAGGGUUGCUGUUAGGGUUUGGGAGAUUUGUGGGCUUUUAAGUGCAUGUUUUUUGUGUGGUUCAAAUGCCAUUCAUGGGACACAAUUACAUUUUUUUUGAUUUUUUGUUGUAGAAAGUUUUUCCUACAUUUUAUAUUACUAGAAAAAGAUUCGAAAAUACUAAAACAUUCUUAUUAAUUUACACUAUUUACUUAGACGCUUAAAAUCACUUAUCAAAUCCCUGGGAUAGUUCUUUAAUAUAAUUUGAAAUUUUAAAACCGCAUGUUAGGUUUAAACAGGGUUUAUUUGUUGAAAAAUAAAGAGAUGUGGACUCCUCAUGUGAGGUCCAAAAUCUGCAAAGUUAUGUAUGUAAAUUAAUGUAGUUUGGGACCAGUACUUCGCAUGGACAUUGCCAUAGUUGAAUUUAUUUCCGUUCUUACAAUACGUUUUGAUUAGUCAGAUAUCACAUACACGUUAUGUGAAUAAGUGAAUUUCUGUAAGGAAGUCACUCUAAAACAACCUUUUUAGGGGGAAUCCAUCUGCAAAUUUUUUUUGAAAAAGAACAUUUUUUAAAACGCUUACACCAACUGCUUUACAAUUUUAUAACUGAUGAUUUUUUUCUUUAUCAUUCCACAAUGACCUGAUACAUAUGUAUACAAUGAAAAAUAACAGAAAACUAGCUAGUUAUUAAUAUCUGAUCUAAGUUCUUGUUUGAAUUAUGACAGUACAUACGUAGAAGAAUGUUGCGAAUUGAGAUUAAGAAGUUUAAGAGUAUGCUAUGAAACAUUUAGUAACUUGAUUUUUUUUUGUUCUUUUAGAAGUAUAACUACCUAAGGUGUAAUUAUAGUUUAUGCUUAUAAAUAUAUCAUAAGCUAUAAAAGAGCGCAUAUAAUUGGGGUUCUUGUUCGUAGAUAAUCGGUGGGAAUCGUUAUGUUUGUUGCUAUUGUACAUUCAGGAGGUUUUAUCAAGCGGUAUCCUAACUAGCUAGUAACAACAGUUAAGAAUUUUGUUUUGUCAACGUAACAGCAUGAUUAGAUUAAAAGAGCUAUGUUUUAGAAUGGAUAAAAUUCCGUCUAUAAUUGUGUAUUCAACUUUGUUUAAUCAAUACACUUAGUAGUAAUACAAAUUAUUUAACAUUGCGUACAUUCAUGACCAAAAUUUUACAAAAGGGAACCAGGAAAAAUAAUACUAGUGGACUGAAAAAUUGAAUAAUUCGUACAACGUAUCGAAUUUUGAGUGUGUAGAUAAAACAUAAAGGGAAUAUAUAGUUCAAAAUGAAGAAGACGACGUGGACCAAAUUUUGCCGGAUGAUCGUGUUGAUAAGUGUCAACAGGUUACAUGCAUUGAUGAGUGGACGAGAUCUCUACAAAUAAAGAUUCAAUCUUUGGUUUAAUUAUCUGGUGAUAACAUGAACUAGUUGGUUAUUAAUUAGCAUCAUUCAAUGAUCAUGUAGAAGGACCACCCCUCUCUCUGUGUGUAAGAUCAUCUUUGCAUCAGUGAGACAAAACAUCCAAGAGUGUAAAAUGCUGGUCCUUGAGAGAGAAGAUCUCUCUUUAAUUAGGUCUCCGUCUGACUCUCUCCUCUUUCUCUAUUAAUCUAUUAGUAGUAAAAUUCAUGUACUUAUACGUAGACUUAAUAAUAACCAAAUAGCUAGGGUCCAUGGUAUAAAAGAGUACAUACCUAACUUCACCUUGCUAGUGAUCUCUUACCUAUAAACUCUCACUCUUUUUAGUUCAACCCAUUACUCACCAUGACCCCAUUUCAUCUGCUAACGAUCAAUUUGGUAAGCUUUUUUGCCUUCCUUGCAACAUUUUCGGGAAUCACUUUUAGGAAACAGCUAACAGAAAAGGAGAUAACUUUGCAAAAGGAGAACUUAUUGGAGUUUUAAGAGAAGAAAUGUAUGCGUGAUUGGGUAGGGAAGUGAAUAAUUAAAGAGACCUCUCAUUUAUCCGGCCAUUUUUACCAUAUAAAUUUAUUAUUUCCGUAGAACAAAGCUUACUCACCGUGACACGGCACAUGACAUAACCAUACAUCAUAGAUUCAUACAUAGUAAGCUACUAUUUAAACACAUUAUGUUACAUACAAUACCAAAGAUACACAAGAUAAAUGUGUAUUCCUAAUACUACAUACAUAUCCACGUAUCAGUGCCUAGUAUACAACCAUAACCCGAUAUCCGGCGCAGAAUAAAUAAGAGCACCUCCAAUGAUAGUAUUAGGAGGAAUUCUUAGUAUUUAAAGAAAAAAAAAGAAAUUAAAAGAAAAAAUGUGCUUUUAAGAAACUAUGUGAUACUAAAAAGACACAUAUCAUUCAAAUAGAUGAUUAACUAGUUUAAUGAAAAUAAAA